AGUUUAAAAAAGAAAGGGGUCCGAAUAUUUGGCGUGAGGUCGAAACUCGCAAGAUAUCAAGAUUCAGUUUCUAAGUAAAGGCAGAGAGAGAAAGCAGAGGAAAUGGCGAGCGAAGAGGAGAGCGCGGUGAAGGAGCCGUUGGACCUCAUUCGUCUCAGUCUCGACGAGCGCAUCUAUGUCAAACUCCGCCACGACCGAGAGCUCCGCGGCAAGCUUCAUGCUUAUGAUCAGCAUUUAAAUAUGAUUCUGGGUGAUGUCGAAGAAAUUGUUACAACUUUGGAGAUUGACGACGAGACAUACGAGGAAAUUGUCAGGACUACAAGGCGUACGGUGCCUUUUCUAUUCGUCCGAGGGGAUGGCGUCAUAUUGGUUUCACCUCCACUGAGAACAGCCUAAUGCAGACAAUCAAGCAACAAAAUUUUCGAGCACCAAAAAACAAGUUUUCUGGUGUAAUUCUAUAUUCUCUAUUUUCUUUUGUACCCAAUUAAAACUGGAACUUCUGGAAUUGUCGUGUAUUUUCAGUUCAAAAGAUUUUAGACGUAGGAAUCCAUAAUUCUUAGCUUUUACUAGUUGAACUGGUUCUAAACUCCAAAAGGGGCUGAAUUUCUAAUGAUGCCUCGUUCUAUUGGACAAAGUUAUUGCAUAUGCGUUCCGUCAGGAAAA